CCAACACCAUAAAAUAUUCAGAAUUCUUACAAUUUAAUCCAAAUAUCUAAAAUCCCCUCCCAAAUCCUCUCUUUCAUAAUCUUCACCAUUCUAACUUCUCAUCUCUGCAACAAACUAUUGAUCCUUCUUUUUUAUAUGUGAUCAAUUUCCAUCUUCAAAAAAUCCCUAAUCUUUUCUUUUCUUUUUGAAUUGUGAGGAGAAAAAGGGGCAGUUUUUGAGUACCCUGUUUCCUCUGUUUCAAAAUUGUUGCAAAAAAUGGCAAGAAUUCAAGAUUUCAGCACAACUUUUCCGUCGCAAAACGCUUCCGAAAUCGGAUUUUCUCUCUCGCAGCUCAUUCUCUCAACGAAUUCCAACACGUUGGAUUCGAUCUUCUCCUACCGCGAAAACGCGAAUUCCGUCGCUGCUGCGCAAGCGACGGAACCGCUGGGCUCCUCCGUCUAUUUCAGACAGAGAGAUUUGCUACGGAAAUUUUCCCACGAAAAUCCGUUGCUUUCCGUCGCUAGUUACCCGGCCGCGGGGCCGGGUUACUUCCCGACGUAUUUCAGCCCGAGCAAGAAGAAGCUGUACCGCGGCGUGCGGCAGCGCCACUGGGGGAAGUGGGUGGCGGAGAUUCGGCUCCCGCAGAAUCGCAUGCGCGUCUGGCUCGGCACGUACGACACUGCGGAGGCCGCCGCCUACGCGUACGACCGCGCGGCCUACAAGCUGCGCGGCGAGUACGCGCGCCUCAACUUCCCCAACCUCGUGGACCCCGCGAGGAUCGGCCUCGGCGACGCCACGAGGCUGGCGGCGCUGAAGAGCGCCGUGGACGCGAAGAUCCACGCCAUCUGCCAGAAGGCGAGGCGCGGGAGGAAGUCCCGGCCCGCCCCCAAGAGGGCAGAGAGCGCCUCCACCACGACCACGGAGAGCGGGGUCGUGGCGGGGAGCAAGGAGGCGGCGGAGGGGUCGCCCUCGUCCUCGUCGGUGGCGAACGACGAGUGGUGCUCGGCGCCUCCGCCACCGCCUCCGCCGGAGAUGGAUAUUGAAGGGUACUCGCUAGCGCGGCUGCCGUCGUUCGAUCCCGAGUUGAUUUGGGAAGUUCUUGCGAAUUAGCAUUGAGUUAAAUUUUACUACUAAAGUAUUGUAUUUUACUAUAGUUUUUACCAUCUUUUUUAGCUAUUAAAUAAGUUUAAUUUACUGAAUUUGGGAUUUAUUUCCUUCUUAAGGUUGUUUGCCAGUGUGCUUGUUUCACCUUAAGUACGGAUAUCAUGUUUCUUUUCUCCA